AUGAUGGUGCUGGCAUCCCACCAACGCCUCUUGGGCAUUCUUGUCCUUGUCCUCCUAUCAAUUUUAUUGCUUUCGCUGUUUCUUGUUCUGAACAUCACGAGCUUGUACAACGAGGGCUUGAUCCACGGUCAUUCCGCACGGCACAUCCUAGCUCAACGCAUGUUAGGCCGAGAACAUACCUUCAUCUGCGCCAGUGACGAAGGCUUCUUGUAUGCAGGUCGCUGGUUGGUCUCGGCAGAUCAGUCAAGAAGAGACACCAGUGUUCCGGGCGCCACCGUCGACUUUACCUUCACAAACUCGACAUCUCUGUUACUCUCUUUGAGAAAUGGUCGUCUCACGAAAGACAGUGCCCACGAGAUACAGCGCUCAGAGCAUGUCCAGCACACUACUAUCGCUUCUCGUCGCCCAGACCUGCUACUCGCACCCAACAUCAGUUUACUCGUCGUCCUUGAGGGCCAACACGCAUUGUAUUUCAGCCACACAGGUCGUGGUACACUGAGGAUCGCGUCGGAUCUCAACAAGACAGCAACCUACGCAGCCCGCAUCACCAUAUUAGGCUCCGGUGCGGGCAUGACAGCAAGCACACUUGAGCUCGAGGGUAUUUGGUUGAGCAAAGGAGGGUAUCUGCUACCUGCUGAGCCGUCCCAACAACGACCGGUGAUUGAAUUCAUCAGUGCCCUUUCCUACGCGAGCCCAAAAGACACGAUUUCCUCCUUUCCUACACUGCUUGCGUUGGAACUCAACACGUCUUACUCAAUUGUUCCGGUAGCCGAUGCGUGUUUGACCGAUAUCUGCUCCUUGGGCACUCCAUCGGUCCAAGACGUCUAUUUCCGCACUGGACAACCGGGACUCUCACGUUACCGCCUUCCACACAGGCACACAGAGCCUGCGGCGCUCCUCAUGGAUAUCGGAGCGAUUGAUUUCCAUCAUUUCCUGCAGGCCAACUCCGCCGAGGAUGGAAUCGACCAAUUCGUGGACGGCUUUGUGAAGUCAUACGUGAAAGUGGUAAGAACUAUCCGCUCCGCUACACAUGAAUAUCAAUCUGUCUUCGCCGAGCAUACUCAGAAUGGAGUCGAUCUAGACGCUAGCUAUGCCUACAACUCGGCGCCCAUCCUGCUUCCGAUCUUCCUUCUCACGCCAUUCACACCGACAGGGCGCCUUCAGCGCUUGCUGGGCCGCGCCAUAUCGGAUGUUGUCCGCACGCUGAGAGACCAAGGAGAUCUGGCUACAACAUGGAUCGACACUGACGGUUGGCUGGCGGAGGCCGACUUCACACGCGAUAGUACUGCGGAUCAAGGGACUCGGCGGCUCGCAGAAUCAGGACAUCUGAAGGUGGCAAGCCACAUUUCAGCGCACAUCUGUCCUUCGGUAAAGGGCAAGUGUCCCUUUCAGAAACACGACACCUAUCAGGGACAGCUGUACGUUCCCGACGAAGCUGGACUGGGCAAAAUGUUGGAAGAGCGGAAGGUCAUGUUGAUCAAACAGGCAAUAGGCUUGUCUUGA